GGCUGAUUAAGUGAGUGAAGGCAUCCAAACUUAGAACAUUGAAUGUGUAACAAAUACACGUACCGGUCAGUCAGUCAACCACACACGCGCAAGAGGCAGGCAGGCAGGCAUCACGCAAUACGCUGUCAUCAGGGGGAGGGAGGGAGGGAGGGAGGGAGGAAGCGCUAUUAAUAACACUUAGUGAUUGACCGAGAGAGACCUCUCCCUCCCUUUGGCUCAUGGAUGCACCCCAGUCAGUCAGUUAUUCAAAAACCCACCACAGACACACACAGGGCGCAUCGAAAAUCGAUUGAGGACCCCACUGCAGGCCAGGCAGGCAGCCAGGCUGAUUGAUGCGAUGCGAGGAUUUAGAUAGAUCAUCCAUCGUCAGUCAGUCAGUCAGUCAAAGCAGGUAAGCCAGCCCACACCACGAGGAAGGAAAAGCAAAGCAUGCAUGAAAAAUCCACUCACAAAACACAUGCAGCCAGCCCCACAGCCCUCAGUAAGCAGCCUGCCUGCCUGCCUGCCUGCCUGAGUGCACGAUUUCGUGACACUCAUCUCUCAUCCCUCACCCCCUGUUGAUUGACGCAUUCACUCACACUGGACCUGUCUUGAAAUGUAAAAAACACUUGCCGGCCGGCCGGCCGGCCGCAUCACAGGCAGGUGGGCACGGCACCGCACGGCACCGCACGGCAGAGGUAGAUGAAGGGUGUGGUGUGGGUGAAGCUCAAGGGGGCUGUCUGUCUGCACACUGAUUGAAAUGAAUGGUCUGUCUGGGCUUCGGUGGGUGGGGGGAUAGAUAGUACGUGACUGGCUCCUUUUGGGAGACGCAUCUAGAGUCGUACACAAGAUACAGACGCGAAGGCAGCCCACCCAACAAGCACAGUCAGUGGUCGGCUGCCUGUCUCUCUCUCUCUCUGUCUGUCUGUCUGUCUGUCUCUGUCCGUCUGUAGGGCGAGAUGGCCACUCGCUCACCCAUCAGUCAGUCUCGGUGGACCGCUACACCCAUCGGAUGAUUCACAUUCCCCUGUGCUCCCCCCGUGCCACCCAUCCAUCGCCCACACAUGGUUGCAUCACCAUGCAAGCAAGGAGUGAGUGACACACGGUCACUACAGGAGUUUGCUACCCACGCAGAUGCAUAAAGCCCACCCAACAUCACAUCCAUCCACACUCGCCGGCCAAUGCCCACCAUAUAUCGUCUGUCGUAUCGCUUUACCACACGACUUCUCGGCUUCCUUGUCGUCGCUUUGACGCCUGACACGCAGGGCUGCAGCAACUCGCUUCGCUACCGAGUUGCUGAAUGCCUGGCCGACAGGCAUCGCAGCGCCGACAAGGUGGGAGAAUCGCAUUCAUCAGCAACAGACCCAAACAACGCACACAGCUAAAGCCUGGCUGUCCCCUAUUGACGCCCAUCGAUCGACACAUCCACCAUCCAUCCAUCCCUCCAUCCAUCCGUCGCACAUGUGCACACACCAACACACGCCACACGCCACACAGACGUAAAACCGCACCACCGACAGACACACCACCGACACGACACGCGAAGGAAGCGCCACGCCCCAGGGGGCAAAAUCUCCGCUCACUCACAUCAGUGGGUGAGCGGGGGAGUCAAUGAAAGGAGCUGGCCGGUCGGCCAUUCCCAUUGCCGUCCAUCACAUCAAUCCUUCAUGGGCAGCUAGCCAUCAUGGCCACCCGUCAUUCAUGAAUGGAUAUCGUCAUGGGUACACCGAGUUGGAGACGCCCGAGACCUCCACGCCGUUGCGCACGCCCACGAAGUACACACAGUGGUAUUGAACCUGAUGGAUCAAUGGAGGACAGAUGGAGCAUCACAUCAACACACACGCGACGGCAACAGACACCCAAUGGCGGGGUGACGGGUGUGUGUGCCAGGCGUCGUAUCGUACCUGCAUCAUGGAUUUCUGGUUGGUGGUGUAGUAGGCGUCCCGCCGCUCCUCCUUGCGAAUCUCAAAAUACCGCUCAAUCACUGUUUAAACCACACACACCACACACAGCAAUGAAUGCGCCGACCAACCCGAGACAUCCACACACACACACACAUACCGGGUCUAAUUUCCUCCCAGCUGAGUUCGACGGAGACCUCGUGCGGCAUCUCGGCAAAAUGAUAGAGCAAUGGUCCGAGGUUGGCCCACACGCCGCCCUCCCUGAUGGCGUUGGCGAUGGUCUUGAUGUACAGCAGGAUGUUCUUGGCCGUGUCGAUGAAGAAACACGUCAAGAUGCUGUCCCACUGAGCCUUCUGAGGACUGUACACCUGCACACACACACACACACACAUGCAUUCUGCUGUCUGUCCUGUGUGUGUGUGUGUGCGGAUGGAUGGACGGAAGGGUGGGUGUGUGGAUGGAUGGCUGGGUGGCUGGGGGGUGGUUGGGGGCGGUGUGGUGUGCUGUGCUGACCUCGACGAACUCUCCAGCGCACAUUGAGAAGUCCUGUCCCGCCUGGAUGUAGUGCGAGGGGUACAGGUCGGGCACCAGUAUCAUCCGCAGAUGGUCGUCAUGACCAAACCUGAUCCAUCAAAUUGAUUGGGAGGGAGGGAGAGUACAACACAACACACGACACACACGCUCAGAUGAGAGAGAGGUGUGUCGUGUCGCUACCCGCCUGGCUUGGCUUGCAUCAUUCGUUCAUGCCACACACCUACGCUACGUACCUGUUGCAGGUGGACAGGCAGUAGGGCUGAAUGGCGCACGACCGGGGCGCCACGCUGUAGUUGAGGAUGAAAUUCGAUCCUAUCACACACAUACACAGACAGACAGACAGACAGACAGAGAUAGAUAGAUAGACAACCGGAACAAUUGUCUCUGUCUCUGUGUGGUGUGUGUGGGCGGCUACCGACCGAGCAGCAUGAAGUACGAGAACUCGUUGCCCUGGCAGGCAUACCCCUUGCGGAUCACCUCGAAGGGCAACCGACCCAAACCAGACCCGGGACACAACACCCUACACACACAACACACACCACACCACACCACACCACACAAUGGGCAGGCCGUCGUCUUUGUCUCCCGCCGUCCGUUUCUCGUGUGCCGCCAAGACCUGGGUGCUUUGCCGUGUUUGGCCACGAACUCCUGCAGUGGUAGGAAUUCGUCCAGUGCGUCCAGCAGCGGGCCGUAGGCGGCGUCGCGUUCAGCCUUGCCCUCGUCGCUCCAGUCGCGCACAAACUGACGCAGAGUACUCCGCACCUGAUUGAGCGACCGACCCGACCACACACAUACAUACAAACCACACAGAUCAACAAGCGUGCACCGACCCACCACACGACCCACCUUGGUCAUGUUCCUGGCCAUGACGAGUGGCGACGGCCUCGGCCGCACACUGCGGUCCAGCCGGUCGAGCGGCGACACGUGCUGGCCAUGGCCGUCCUGGGGCGGGCAGCACUCACACGCCUCGCGCUCCCUCUCCACCACAUCACCCACGCCACCCUUCUCCUUGUCCUUGUCGUUACCCUUGCCCACUGGCGGGCCGGCCGGCGUCGACGGGGAGGUCGACGACUCGUGCUGUGGCUGCUCCUGAUCUGGUGAUGUGACGGGCGGCCCACUGGGUGGGGGGGCAGCCGGGGGGGAUGCCCUGGAGGGCGGGGGCUGCCCGGCAGAUGGGGGUGGGUCGCUGGGAGGGGGUGGGGGAGGCGGCGGGGCGGAUGGGGUCAUUGGGGUGGUGGUGUCGGUGUGGUUGGGCGUGGAUAUUUCCUCGCGAUGCUCUGACGAAAUGGCCGUGGCUGCGUCCUGUUGGCCUGGCUCCAGAAGAGGCUCCAUCAGCUCUUCCUGUGUGAAACACACACGCACACACACGGGCGAAUGCCUGUUGGUUGGCCUGCCUGUGUUGUGUGCGUGUGUGAUCUUUUCCUUCCCACCUGGCCAUCAAUGGCGGGCCUGUGCGGCUGGAGGAGCAGGUCGAGGAACUGCUGGUUGACGUGGACGGCGUGUUUGAUCUUCUGCACCCUCGACUCGACCUUCUCGAUGAGAAGGGCCUGGUCGUCCUCGCUCACCGAGUGGAAGUGCUUCUCAAUUCUGGCCACCUCCCUCAUGGCGUCGAGCGUGUAGUUCUGGAAGGCGUAGCACACAUUCACGAAGUGCUUGCUCUCGUCCUCCUCGCCAUCGUGCGCCUCCCCGUGGGAGAGCUCGUCGUCAUCGAAGUAGUCGCCCUCGCCGAGGUCACUCAUACUGUACUGCCCUCGCUGCUCCUGCUCCUGCAGGCGACGAGAGCUCAGGAGCGCUUCAGUGACAAGCUGGCCUCACGUUGGCCUGCUGGAUCUGGACCUCUGGGUGCAGCCGGGGGGAAUCUCUAAGUGGAGAACCAACGAAGAG